AAUGGCGCUGUGGACUGACAUCUCAAAAUUCGUCAGGUGUGAUCGGGACAGGAUCUCUGAUGUUGAUCUCGGAGGGCUUCCCCGACAUACAACAGAGGACAUCAUCAAGUUCAUCUGGUGUAAUUCAGGGAUUUACAGAGGAUUUAGCUGUUAACAACGGCCGUGGACCGUGAUAUGAACCUGAAAGUGUUGUGUCUGUGUCUCCUUUUUGAAGCCUCCUGUUUCACUGAGUUUGAGAUUACUGUUCCCAGAGACACUGUCACUGGGUUUUACAGGGAGGAACUGAUCCUCCCCUGCAUGUUUCCUGUGGACAGUUCAUGGGAUCUGAGAAGCACUGUUAUUACCUGGCAGCGUGGACUGGAUGUUGUUCACAGUUUCUACUACAGCCAGGACCAGCUCGACCGUCAAAAUCUGCAUUACGUCAAACGCACCAGUCUGUUCAGUCAGGAGAUGGCACAGGGAAACGCAUCACUCAAACUGGACAAAAUCACUCUUCAGGAUGCUGGUGUUUACACUUGCUCCGUCAGCACAAACGCUGGCAGCCAGAAGAAGAGCUUUGGAGUGAAAAUUGCAGCAUUCUACUCUGAACCUCGUCUGCAGUUCUCAUUGUUAAAUGAUGGAGUGAAUCUGCUAGUGACUUCAGAUGGGGGUUACCCUUCUCCUACACUGCAGUGGCUGAUGGAGAACUCAGACAUCACUAACCAGACACAAACGCACUUCAUGCAGGACACUCAUACAGGACUUUAUGUUGUGUCUAGUUGGAUAAAUCUCACUGAAGUCACAAACUCCUCUCUGACGUUCAUACUGCACAACAAACCCCUGGGACAAGACAUCAGGAGAGAGAUCCAGCUCUACUCAGAUAAGAGUGAGAGGCAAGGAGAGUCAGCAUACAGAUGCCAUGGAUGCUUCAUAUUGAUCCCUGUUAUUCUGCUGCUGCUGAUCGUGAUGAGUGUAUUGUUUGUGUUCAUUACAAAAAGAAGAAGAGAACAUACCAAACUAAAUGGCGCUACGGAAGUGGGACACUUUUCUGAAAUUCUAAUUCCUAAUAGAAAAAGUUCAAUAUGUCUAUAAAGGUUAUGUUACAAAACCACUUAAUCUAAGUUAUAUAUUAUGAAACUUAUGAAAGAUGUUCUAUGAUUUGCAAGACAGACAUGUUUUUUAUAUUGAAUGAAAUAUAUUUAUAAUGUACAGUACACGCAUUAUUUUCUAACCUUGGCAGCUUUUAACAAAUAAUAUAAUUCAUUAGUGUUACAUGACACUGAUCCCUUACAUUAUGUAACAUUUCAAUUCAACAUUUCUCAUUGGUGCUAAACAGUCUUUUAACAGACCCAAAAUAAAUUCUAAAUAGAAUUUGUCACUCAUGACAUGUUCUGUGAAGCAUUGUUGAUUUUCUACAUUGCAAAAUUGAGAUUGAGAUCACUUCCAUUAGU